GCAUAAUCAGCUCCAUUGAUAGCGAUUUCGGAUGACCAUCCAACAAAAACGCUGUGGUUUAAGUUGUUGCGCCCUCAAUAAACCUUGUUUCGCCCUAAUAGCGUUUCCCCUUCCACCCGUCGCCCUCUCCCCGCCCACCCUUAUCUACAAUCGGUCUCGUCUAUCAACAAUCAAGGGACGAACACGGAUCAGACUUCCAAUUGAUAACUGAGGCCACGCAAACACUCGAUAAGUCCGUUCAAUGAUGAGUGCCGCCGACAGUUCUUCCGCGGCUGUGCCAGUCCCGUUAGCUCCACCGCCGUGGAAAUGCAAGUGUGAAGUUUAUUGGAUUCCUUACUAUGCGCGAACGCAUGGAUCAGACGUACCUCCUGUUGGAGCGUAUGCCCCAUUAGAAGCGGCUUGGCCUCCCUUUGCUGAUCCGGCAAAAGCGGGCUCUUACCGCGGUGGACUCGGUCUGAUACAGAUUCUGCGAUACAUUGAUUCUCCAGUUGGCAAAUAUGACGAGUUGGUUCUCGUUCCAGGAUAUUUUGACGUUCCUCUGAAGAGUCAAAAGAAGGGUCAGAAGAAUCUCCGCGUCACCAGGAUAUAUGUCAGUCAAGAAGAUACGGCUUAUAAUGGACGCCGCAAUUGGAACAUUCCAAAACACCUCGCACGCUUCUCUUUUACAAAUAUAUCUGCUGGAUCAUCUGGGCCAAAAUCGAUAAAAGUGGAGAUAUUCCCACCUGAUACCGCAGCGACUGAGCCAUUCUUUUCGACUACAUUACAAGCAUUCCAAUGGCUGCCAUCGUUUCCCUUUUCAACCAAGUAUAUGCCAAUGGAUAUUACAUUGGUGCAACCUCCUCUGCCAGCAAGCAAUAAGCCCGGGGAAGAAAUCCUUUGCGGAACCAAUUGCUGGUUCAAACUCUUGCCUGAGGGCUAUACGCAGAAGGCCAGACUGAUGUGGGUCAAUUAUACGAAUGUGAGCUCUGCAGCAGAUAAACGGCACAUCAAUGAUGACCAUAACACCCAAGAGAAUGAUAUAUCUACGGAAACGGGCCGAGAGGAAACUGCAUCCGUGACGAAAUGGUGGCCAAGCCUCCAUCCGUGGCCAGUCGGCCUUUGGAUGGAUCAAGCAACUUUGAUCUUUGGCGUUCCAGAUGUGCUGGAAUGAAAGUAUAGGUGUUAAAGACUUUACCAUAACAUGAAGUUUCUCUACGGAAAAUCAGUUUCGAGACGAGCCUAAAUGCAUGUGAUGCUAUGAAAGGCUUGGUAUACAAUCGCAUGCUGAGUUGAGCUAUGAAACGGAUUGAUUGUUGUGAUUUCAAAAAUCAUUGGCCAAUGAUCAAUAACACUUUACACAGGGUAAUACUACUAUCGAGUGUUUUUUUGCUUUGCUUUGCUAUAGUAAUGCUUGCUAUAAUGGAGCAAUAUAUGGGUAC